AUGGCAGUAGUCUUGACAUAUAAGACCAACAUGAACUGCCAGCUAGACCAGAAAGCCCAGAAACACAGACAGAAGCAUGUGCAGAGACGGCUUAAGAAAGCCACAAGAGAAAACAAGCCUAAAACAUAUGGGGUUGAUAUUGGACUUUGCUCAUCAGACAUUCCAACUAAAGAAUGUAUAGCAGACAUGAUUCGGAAAGGGCCUCUGCCACACCCAAAAUAUUUCCUCAAUGAUUUUACAGGACGAAAAUGUCCAAUGUCUGUUCUCAAAGUCAGAACACCAAAUGGCGAAAGCGAGAGCAGACGAUCGCUUGUAUUCAGUCCUGGAAAACAGUCCUUGUAUUGCCUGCCUAGUAGGCUUUUCUCUCAUACAGUGGGCUCACAACUGCAAAGAUCGAUCAUGGCAUCCAAACAAGGCUGGGGUACAGAACAGAAAUGGAAAAAGCUAUUUGACAGGUUGCCUCAACAUGAAAACAGUACAGCACACAAGAACUGUUAUCUAGCAUGGCGUGAGUUGGAGAGAAGGUUAGAAAGUGAUACUGGGAUUGAUGUGAUGUCUCACAAAGUAAUCAUGAGCGAGACUGAGAAAUGGCGAAAUAUACUUACGAGGAUAAUUGAUGUAAUAUUUUUUCUUGGCCAAAGAGGACUUGCUUUCCGUGGCUCAUCCCAGCGAAUUGGCGACAUUCAUAAUGGGCACUUCUUGGGGAUCAUUGAACUCCUGGCCAAUUACGAUCCAGUUCUAGCCAAAUAUGUUGCAAAGAUAUGA